AUGGACAAUACAUUCAUACAGCACAAACGUACUGCAGUUGUAGUUGGUAGCAUGAUCAUUCCAAAGUAUUGUGAUCCUAAGACAGUUUACACACCAAAGGACAUACAAACUGACAUGUUGUCCCAACACGGAGUGAACCUAAGCUACAUGCAAGCAUGGAGAGCAAAGGAAAAGGCUUUACACUUUUUGAGAGGUCAUCCGGCUGACUCCUAUAGCAAAUUACCAAAAUAUUUUUAUAUUCUUGAGAAGACGUAUCCUGGUUCAGUUGUUAAAUUGAAGAAGACAACAGAUGAAUGCUUCUUAUAUGCGUUUGUUGCUCUUUGUACAUUAAUAAGUGGUUGGGAAUAUUGUAGACCAGUAGUAGUGGUUGAUGGGACAUUCUUAAAGUCAACCUACAGGGGGAUUAUGCUGACAGCAAGCACAAUGAAUGCAACAGGUACAAUAUUGCCUUUGGCAUAUGCUGUGGUUGAUUCGGAAAACGACGCAUCGUGGAAGUGGUUUUUUGAGAAAUUCAAGCAAGCAUAUGGUGAAAGAACUUCAAUGUGUGUUGUUUCAGAUAGGAAUGAGAGUAUCCUGAAGGCAACAUCAAUUGUCUAUCCGGGCGUGCCACACUACUCUUGCAUGUGGCAUAUUUGGACAAAUAUAAGGGCAAAGUUCAAGAAGGGUCAUCUACAAUUAAAUGAAUUGUACUUUGCUACAGCACGAUCAUAUACUCUGGAUGAGUUUAAUGAAAGGAUGUCGAAGAUUGAAGAGAUAGACCCGCGUGUUAAAUCAUAUCUCUAUGAUAUUGGCUAUAAUAGGUGGUCAAGAGUACAUGCAACGGUGAAUAGAACUUGGACUAUGACAUCAAACAUUGCAGAGUCGUUGAAUGCUAUAACAAAAAAUGCAAGAGAGCUGUCAAUAUUUGACCUAUUAGAGUAUAUGAGGACACUUCUUGAACGUUGGACGAAUGAGAAGUUAUUGAAGGCAAAUGAUACUUUCACAUUCCUUGGGUUCAAAUUCAACAAAGAAUUGGAGAACAACAGAACAUUAUCUCAGAAACUUAGGGUGAGCGCUUCAAUAGAUCAUAUCCAUACUGUGAUAGAUGGUGUGAAGCGGUACAUUGUGUGUCUUGAAAGCAAGAAAUGUAGAUGUGGCCAGUUCCAACUUGAUGAACUUCUAUGUGCGCAUGCUUUGACAGCUUUAAGGCAUAGGAAUGAAACUUAUGAAAACUAUUGCUCUCCGUAUUACACAAAGGAGAGCCUACUGCGUACGUAUGAAAUAAUAGUAAAUCUCCUUGCUGAUGAAAGCAAAUGGAAUGUGCCACAACAUAUAUGUGAUGAAGUAGUAAAUCCACCUAUGGGAGAGAAAAGGCAGCCAGGAAGACGUCAAAAGGAAAGAUACAAAACAUAUGAUGAACUAAAGUCAAAGAAGUACAAGGUGUCAUGUGGCAACUGUGGAGGUGAAGGGCAUAAUAAAAGAUCUUGCAAGAAUGCGCCCAAAAAGAAAUAA